AUGGGUCCUGCCUCUCCCCCAGGUACUGUCUAUCUCUGGUCCUUACCAGCCCCACCCGAAUGCAUCCCCCCAAGACUUCCUGAGGCUCACACUGUCCAGGGGCCUCAUGAGGCUGCUUGCCAUGAACUGACUCGCCCAGAUGGCCCUGCCCUCCGGGACCGGGGGCUCUGGGAAGGAAAGAGCCAGGGUCCCCUGCCUCGCUCAUUUUCUCCUUUGAAAGGAGGACUCACUGCCCUGGGACGGGGACUCGGGCCCUGCCCACAGGGCCAGAGGUGGGACCAGCUCCGUAACCAGUGGGCUUCAGUGCAGAAUGAAAAUGUAGAGCCUCUUAUUCAAAGAUUAGGAGCUUCUUUUCUUUCUUUUUUUGAUGUGGGCCAUAUCUAA